GAUGGAAUGUGUCCCAGGGCAACAUGAUGAGACAGGAAGGAAGAGUCAAGCAGUCAAGUGGUACGCUACAGCGGGCGAAAAAGAGGUCCAUUCCAUUUACGUGGGUAGCUAUAUAAAAAACGAUUCCUGACAAUACGGACUAUUCUUUUUACUGUUCAUACUGUCGCCUUGUCUCGGAUAUAAGACCUCCGAAUCCAAUCAGGUGUUAGCGGAAAGAGAGAAAGAAUGGGUGAUUCUCUAUGUAGCAUGCGAAAAAAAGAAGCUGGGGCGGGGAGUGAGGUAGCGGGACAAAGAGAUGGAUGGGUGUAUCUGGAUCUAGGCCAAUUUCCCUAUGCGGAGAAGGGCUCAUCUCCCUAAACCAUAAGUCGCCAAUCUAGGCGUAUGGUGUUUGUUCAUUCCAAAGAAAGAAGGUAGUGUUCGGUAACUAACAGUUCCCCCAGCGCGUUCUAUACUACCUAGCGGAGUGAAUGGAGAGCGAUUUAUCCUGAUCAACUCCCUCUGAUCAAUGAAUAAAGUCUUUCCCCCACCGCCGGUUGGCUUAGUCCAACCAAGAAAGACAUGGGAGGGGCUAAAGCUGUCUUCUCUUAUGAGAUUUCUAGUUGGAUGAAAACUGCGCUCCUAAAUGAAGCCUUUCUCUUAUAUACGAUACCGCCAAAUGAAACUGACUUCCUUCGCUCCGUUGGGACGAAGAAACCUUUGUGGCCCACCAUUUGUGAAACCCCCUUUUCUCGGGCAAUAGGGGUUCCUCUUUAGACUCCGAGGAUCGAGUUUCUUUGUCGGUCGUAAUUGUUCCAGGGCAGGGGGUCCUCUCGUGUAGUACGGUAGGAAAGCGGAAGAAACUUUUUUGUAUAUGAUAGUCAUUUCGAAAGUUUUACUUAAUUCAGGACCGGUUAAUGCAAGAACUAUAAAUAAUGGACCAGGAUCUCCUAUGAAAUAGAAAGGAUCAUUCAUACAUAGCAUAGUCAAAGUUUUUUUCUCCAGGAAUCCGCUGAAUUUUCCCAAAUUUGUUAAGGAAGAUAAUCCCAAAAAGACAGCCAACCGCCUUCCGGCUUAAGAAUAUGAAAUGAAAUUCCUUCUUGUAUAAAGGCAUUUUGUAAAAAUAAGAGAUCUUCUUCUGUACCCGUGCAAAUUUCUGAUUUUCCAGUUCCGAUUGGAACAAGCAUGUGAUGAUAGAAUCGUGCGAAGGUCCAGUCCGGAAACUUAGAAAGGAAUUUUCUGUCCAUAUCGUAAAAAAAAAAUGAAAGAAAACCGAACGCAGAAAUCGGACGGGCGGUAUUUUUUCGUCGGCCCGAUUUAUCUCUUUCUUGUCCAGUAUCUGAGAAUGAAGAAAGCUAUCGAUUAGAUUUCUUAUGAAUUGAUCCUCUAUAUGAUAGGCUUGAUCUUGUCCAGAAGCUGCUUUCUACAAAGAAUCUUAAUAAAAGCAGAAAAAUCUA